AUACUCCUAUAUAUAAUGCCAUCACCUUUGCAUAUAUAUAGUCAUAUAGCUAAGAUUUAUCCCUCAUAAAUGUUAUAGCUAGCUAGCUACCCUUUUUAACCACCGAAACCCUGAGGUUGCUUUUAUUGCUAUCUUCUUCCUUCUAAUUUCCCCCUUCUGGGUAUAUAUGCACUGUUUUGAACAGGGAAUACAGAAAGCAAAUACCACUAUUACUCUACUGUCACAAGCCUUAGCUUAAGAUCAACCACACACCAACAGAGAGAUGGGGAAGACAACCGGAAAGGUCAUCACCUGCAGAGCUGCUGUUGUUUGGGGUCCCGGGGAGCCUUUUGUGAUGCAACAAGUUCAAGUGGACCCGCCGCAGAAAAAGGAGGUCCGAAUCAAGAUCCUCUUCACCUCAAUCUGUCACACUGAUCUCAGUGCUUGGAAAGGAGAGAAUGAAGCUCAGCGUGCCUUUCCUCGCAUUCUAGGCCAUGAAGCCGCCGGAAUUGUUGAGAGCGUUGGUGAAGGUGUGACAGACAUGAAAGAAGGGGAUCAUGUGAUCCCUAUCUUCAACGGGGAGUGUGGUGACUGCAUCUGCUGCAAGCAUCAGAAGACUAAUAUCUGUAACAACUUUGGAGUAAACCCGAUGAAGACGGUGAUGAACAGUGAUGGUAAAACUAGGUUCUCCAUAAUAGUCAAGGAUGCCGGUGAUAGAAAACCCAUAUAUCAUUUUCUCAGCACAUCAACUUUCAGCGAGUACACAGUUCUUGAGUCCGCCUGUGUAGUCAAGAUUGACUCGGAAGCUCCCCUCAAGAAGAUGACAUUGCUCAGUUGUGGUGUUUCAACUGGAGUUGGUGCUGCAUGGAAUGUUGCCAAUGUUCAACCCGGCUCGACCGUUGCCAUUUUCGGUUUAGGCGCCGUCGGACUUGCUGUUGCUGAAGGAGCAAGAGCCAGGGGAGCAUCUAAAAUAAUUGGGGUUGACAUUAACCCCAAUAAAUUCAUCAAAGGCCAAGCAAUGGGAAUCACAGAUUUCAUAAACCCUACCGAACCUGGAAAGCCUUUGCAUGAGAGAAUCGGGGAAAUAACAGAAGGAGGUGUGGACUAUAGCUUCGAGUGUGUAGGAAACUCUGAUGUUCUUCGGGAAGCCUUUCUCUGCACACAUGAGGGAUGGGGCUUUACUGUGAUAUUGGGAAUUCAUGCAACCCCAAAAAUGCUUGCCCUCCAUCCAAUGGAACUGUUUCAUGGUCGAGGAAUUAUUGGAUCUGUGUUUGGAGGCUUCAAAGGGAAGAGCCAACUCCCCCGUUUUGCCAAAGAAUGCAUGCGAGGGGUGGUCGAUUUAGACGAGUUCAUAACACAUGAGCUUCCCUUCGAGAAGAUAAACGAUGCGUUUAAGUUGCUCGUUGAAGGCCAGUCACUGAGAUGCGUUCUGCAUCUGUGAGCUCUGUUUCACUGUCACGGUCCUGAUUGCAUAUGCCGGUGUUGUGGAGCAUGCACUUCAGUUCGGUCAACAUAUGCGUUGAAUUGACUCAAAGGUUUCUCACCUUUGCGUUGAUAAUUCAAACAAAUAAACUCUGUGAUGUAUCUUUCUGUUUAAUGAGUCAUUCUGAUGUAUAAAUGGUUGUACAGCAUUACCAUUCAAUCACGGUUGUUCUCUCUAUAAGAAAUUGAUUUACACGUUUAUCGGAUUGA